AUGCAGCUGCGAAAAGUGCUUCUUUUCUGUUAUUUCCUUGCGUCAUCCGCCGAGAUUGCCAAUGGUUUUUUCCUACAGGCUCGUCGAGCUCGCAAGGCUGCCAAGAAUGUUCAAGAUAUCAUUACAUCACGUCGAACCAUCAAUGAGUUUGAAGAAUCGUUACCAACAGAAUGGGAAGAUGUAAUUACCAAGGGAAUUGAGGCAGCCUGUCAGGCCCCCAAUCACAAACGGACCGAACCUUGGAGAUUCCAUCUGUUGGGCCAAGAAUCCGUUCGAAACGUUUGCGAGCUAAAUGCGAAACUUGUCGCCGAAAAGAAGGGCCAAGCAGCUGGAGAUGCCAAAUUGAAGCGAUGGUUGGCAAUGCCAGGAUGGAUGGUUGUGACAUGUCUCAAACAAGAGGGCGAUGGGCCUGUCACUAUGGAGGAUCCAAUGGGCCUGGCACGCGAAGACUACGCCGCGUGCUGCUGUGCCGUUCAAAAUUUCUGUUUGUCCCUUCACGCCCAUGGAAUGGGAACGAAGUGGACCACUGGUCCGGUCAACUUUGAUGAUGAGUUUUCCAAAGCCGUAGGUCUGUCGUCUGAUGAAUUUGUUGUUGGUACAAUUUGGUUUGGACGACCUGUCUCGCAACCGAUGGCUCCUACAAAGAAGAAAUCAAUGGAUGACAUAUUGAUUCGCCACAGCUAG